AUAAAAUUUUAGGUCUUGGAAGAGCGCUAGGUCAUUAUGGAUCUUCACUCCUUGCAGCGUGAUCGAUUCUUCCGCGUGGAUGAGCUACUGCUUUCCUGGAUCGGCUAGAACUUUUGAUCCAUUGGAUGAGCCACGGAUCGGCUAAGAAUUAGCGCUUAAUCGAUUCUCCGCGUGGAUGAGCUUCUCCUCGGCUAGAAAUCACAAAUUGUUUCUUGCGGGAGGUUCACAUCCAAAGUUUUCCAUCGCGGCCACGAAAACUAUCACCGCCUCGUCCACAGCGGCACUGCUUGCUGCUCUAAAGGCUUGUAGCGGCCGAGCAACGAAAGAAGAUGCCACAGAAGUGAAUGGAAGGCUUGUCAAGGCCAAGUCUCUGCAAGAAGCUUGGUGGACAUGUACGCGAAGUGUGGAAGCCUGGAAAAGGCUCGCAACGUUUUCGAGGCGAUGCCUUGGCAGAAUGUUGUGUCAUGGAACGCGCUGAUGCUCGGGUAUGCUGAGAAUGGGGAAGAGGAGGCAUGUGUGAACUUACUUUCGUGUUUAGUGCCGAGGCUUCGAUCACCGAGAACUUACGCGAUUGCACUCAAGGCUUGCAACAAAUUAGCAGCAAAGGAAGAAGGCCAGAGCUAUGGUGAACAGGAGCUUGUCAAAAUCAAGAGCCUGGAGACGGCUUGAUUGAUAUGUAUGCCAAGUGUGGGAGCUUGCGGGAUGCUCGCAAAGUUUUUGAUACGAUUCCUUGCUACGACGUGGUGUGUUGGAACUCGCUCAUGUCGGGCUACAUUGAAAACGAGCUUGCGCUGGUCUGGCAGUGGAAGAAGAAGCUAAGAAAGGCAGUGUGAAGUGGGAAUCGCUUCAAAGAGGUACCAACCUUCACCUUGAGUAUACAAAACGACUUGGGAAUAAUGGUGAUUGUAAGCUUCAGGUGGUCACCAGCAUUAUAGCUAUGUACUCAAAGUGUGGAUCCAUGGUGGAGGCUCGUAGGGUAUUUGAUGGUCUCCAGCGAAACACUCACGAUGCGGUUUCAUGGACAGCGCUUAUGUUUGGGUACGUCGAGAACAAGCAGGAACUCCAGGCUUUGGAACUUUUCGCAAGCAUGGCCAAAGUUUGUCGACCAAACGCGCGGGCGUUUGUGGUUGCACUCAAGGCUUGCACUCGAGUAGCUGCGAACGAAGGUGGCAAGGUCGUUGCUGGGGACACGAUUGUGAAGGUCAGAGCUUUGGAAAAUGGGAUGGAGAUACACAGCAGAGCUGCAACCGAUGGAUUCGACAAGAACACCAUUGUCUCCAACGCGGUGGUGGAAAUGUACGCACAGUGUGGGAGCCUAGUCGAUGCUCGGGCCGUCCUGGACAGGAUGGUGGAACACGACGAGGCGUCCUGGAAUGCCUUGCUUCUCGGCUACUCUCAAAGCGGCGAGCAGGAACUGGCUCUGGAGCUCUUUGAGCUGCUGAGCUCUUCGGGAAGAAGCGGCGGCCGUCCGGCUUACGCUGCUGCACUGAAGUGCUGCGCUGAACUGGCCGCUAAGGAAGAUGGCAGGACGGUCGACGGGAAGCUCGUCAAGCUCGGCUCUCUGGAGAAAGUUAUGAGGAUCCACUCGCAGGCUGUGGAGAUCGAGCUCGACUCGGACAGGUUUCUAGCCAGCGCGCUGGUUGAUACGUAUGCCAAGUGUGGGAGCGUGCUGGACGCUCGAAGAGUUUUCGACAGCAUGGUGCUCGAGAGCCAGGACGACUUGGUUUUGUGGACUUCGAUCAUGCUGGCUCACGCCGACAACGGUGAAGGGAGAGUGACUUUGGAGCUCUUCUCGCGGAUCAAAAGCCAGCCUUGGUGGUCGCCGCGGGAUCCUCAGACAAUGGUCGCGGCGCUCAAAGCUUCCGGGAGCAGUGAAGUGGCGUCGCUGGAGAGCGCUCGGCGGAUCCAUGCGGAAGCUUGCCGGCACGGCCUGAUCGAGCGCGACGAAGCUCUGGCGAGCUGCCUGGUGGACGCGUAUGGAAGGCUCGGAAGAUCCGGCGACUCCCAGCAGGUAUUCGACUCCAUUCCCGUGAAAGGUCCACUGACUUGGACGGCGCUGGUGGCCGGUUACAGCCGCGUGGGAGAUCCGGAGCUCGUCUUUCGCUGGUUUCGCAAGAUGGUCGACGAGAAGAUCAUCCCGGACGCCAUCGCUUGCGUGUGCGUGCUCGCGGCUUGCAGCCACGCCGGCCUCGUCGACAGGGGCCUGGAGUUUCUACGCGAGAUGGAGGCGAUGUUUGGGAUCAAGCCCGACAUCCGGCACUACUCGUGCGUGAUCGACAUGCUGGGGCGAGCAAACCGGCUGGAAGAAGCUCUGGCGAUGGCGGAGACGAUGCCGGUGGAUCCAAAUGCGGUGACUUGGACGACGCUGCUGGGCGCUUGCGCCAAGUGGAAGAACGCGACGCUGGGGAAGAUCGCGUUUGAGAGAUCCAGGCAAAUGCAUCCCUCAAACUUCCAGUUGAUGGCAAACAUCUACGCUUAGGAAACUCAAGAGCCCUAAUUUUCUGACAAUAUAAAGGUUCUUGUUUAAA